CCCGCAUCUGCCCACAAAUCCACACCAGCACUGCAUUCAGACACAAGCCGGACUCGAUCGCUGGAGACACUAUGCCUCAUUGGCUCCGCUUUCCCCUGGACCCUUCCAUCGAUCGGUGGCCAGUGCUGGCCGAGAUUCUCGCCGAAUGCUCGACUGCCGAACGUCUCCGCAUCCACCGCUGGCUGUGGCAAAACGGCAACAGCGCCAUCAGCUAUCCCACCGAAGUCGUGCCGGACGAAAUAUUCGCCCGUAUCUUCGAAUACGUCGAUCUGACGGCCCUGGGUCGUGUUGAGCAGGUUUGCAGACGCUGGAGAGCCCUGGUCAGCAUCCGCCAUUGGGUUCAGAUCCACCAUGGCCUAGUACUAGUGCCGUCCCCAGGCCCCACAGAUCCACAGCCCGGCCAAAGCUUGGCGGGAUGGAAGGACAGAUGCAAGCGUUUGCUCGAGCAAGAGAAGCGGUGGCAGGGAGCCCUCGCGACGACACACCGGAAACUGCACUCGGAUCGGAUCGGCGGAUUGCGGUUCUAUUGCUUGGGCAGCGAAUGCCGAGUUAUCAGCAGCAGCUACGAUCGUACCAUCCAGAUGCGGUGUUUGAGCGACAACAGCCGCCUGUGGGAGAUCGAGGGACCCACCGUGAGCUGCCUCGAAGUCGAUCAGGACCAAAGCCUUCUCGCUGCGGGAUCGUUCAACAGAUCCCUGUCGCUGUACUCGAUGACAAGCAAAAGCCUCUGUUGGGUCGCCGAGGAUCUGCUUUCCGCAGUGACGUCGUUGGCUUUUUGCGGAGCAUACAUCUAUGCUGGCCUUGCCAAUGGAUUGCUGCUUUUGCUGGAUGCGAGAAAUGGCAGGAGCCUUGCAAGCUGGGUGAUCCAUGAUGGGAAGAUAGUCAAGGUCCUAUCCUUCAAGACAUUAUCAAGAGUACGGCCAGUCGAACCUCCGGAUGACACAGUGCAGCCCCCAUCGGUCUGGCUGCUGGUCACGGCAUCUGUAGACGGAUCGUGCAAAUUGUGGGAUACCACCGAUACAGGCGGAAUCGAGUUGGCUCGGCUCAUAUCCAACCCCGGACCGGUGCUUGACAUCCGUAAAUGUGGCAGUACUCUCUUGAUAGGCUGCCCACUACUGGGAAUAUUCGCCCAUGUUCUUUCACAGAGAAGCGAGGACUGCCAGUCCUGGAUACCCCUCGACACACUGCGAUAUUUCGAUGUGGUCGGCAACAUGAUCAUCACUGUUGAUGCAGACGAAACGGUGCUCUGGCAUAGGCGAUGCUGUCGCAGACUCUUGACCUUGCCCGCGCCGUCCGACAUAACUGGGCUCUACUCAGUGAAUGAGAGCUGCUUUGUAACCACACACGGCGAUGGUAGGAUCGCCGUGUAUCAAUGUAUUCGUGGCGAGCGCUGUGGGGGAUAACAGAGAACAAUUCUUCAGAGAUACGAAUGACUCAAACAGUCAAAACAGCAUCCGUUGUGAACCACCGGGAUAUAUUCCUCCGUUGUUCUCAAGUGCGCUCCAGAGUUGCGGUUGGUGCUGCAUGGGCUGUCGGGUUCUCAUCAUGAUCGGAUAGGAUG